AUGUCUCCAGUAACCGUAUCCAAAGGCCGGAGCCCAUCCGGCCCCGACGACACCUUCACCCAAAUGGCCGACACAGACCUCGAAGACAUAGGCCGUCACUGCCAAUACGAAUACUGCAGGCAACUGGACUUCCUCCCCUUCCGCUGCGAAUCCUGUCGCAGCACAUACUGCCUAGACCACCGCACCGAGACAGCACACCAUUGCCCCCGCGAAGGCGAAUGGGCCAGGCGACGCCAAGUCCAAAACGAAAACCAACCUCCCCCCGAAAAGCCCUCCAUCUACAACACAGAGCAGUGCUUCCACCUCCAAUGCAAAACCCUCAUCAACACCCUCAAAGACCCCGCCGUGCGCUGUCCUCAAUGUAAUCACCAAUACUGUCUGAAGCACCGUCUGCGCGAAGAACACGACUGUGCCAAGGUUGUGCCGCUGGGUGCGCGAGCGGGUAAUGCGGCGCCGGCCGAGACGAUCAAAUCCAUGUUUGCACGUGUGCGUACGUGGGGCCGUGAUAAGCAGCAGGCUGCUGCGAAGGGGACGCUUUUACCUGCUUUGCCGAAGAUGAAGCCUAAGCCGAAUAGUCCUGCUGCUCGGGCGGUGGCGGUGAAUGGGCUUAAGCGCUCUGCGAAAGGUGAUGCGGCGGUUCCUGCUGAUAAGAGGAUAUAUUUGCAUACUGUUGGCACGGCAGAGACACAGGCUGCUGAGCCACCCUCCGGAGACUUCUUUUUCGAUUCGCGGUGGAAGGUUGGUCGCGUACUUGACGAUGCGGCGAAGAAAUUGCGAGUCGAGAAUUUGAAUAAUAGAGUUGGUGGGGAGGAUACAAAGCUAAGGGUCUUCCAUGUUGAGUCGGGGGAUUUCUUGGAGUUCUCGGAGUCUAUUGGUGCUGGUAAGGUCAAGCAGGGUGACACGAUUGUGUUGCUGCGUGGCGCUGGGGCUGUUCUUGAAAGCGCAUGA